CGACCAUGAACCUGUCAACCUACGGGUUCUUACCAUCUAAAGGCUUCACUGUACCCAUUGCCCUUGCCAGCGCUAGCUUGCCAUUCCUCAUGUGUUGGUGGUUACGCCGACCUCGCGCGUUCUUUGUCUGGCUGAAAUCUCUGCGUUUCCUCCGCGACGUUAAGGCGGAAGAACAACUGCUUGAGUGGAAGAAGAAAUGGGAAGAGGAGGAGAAGAAGCGCAUAUCAGUAGAGGAUAAGUUGAAGAAACUCGAGUUGGAGCAUCAAGUUUCAGCCCAAGACCAGGGCAGCCUGAAAACGGAAAAUACCCGGCUCUCGAACACUCUGAAAAAAGCUAGCAAGGAGGCCGAUGAAAUUCAGGUCAGGUUACUACAAGAGCAAAGGGAGAGAGAAAAGGUCCAGCAAGAACGCUCCAAGCUUCAAGACGCGUAUCAAAAGCUGCAGCAAGAUCUCAGCUCAUACCAGCAGCAGCUACUGAUGCGAGAGACCGAAAAGAGGGCCCUGAAAAACGAACUGCAGGCCCUACAGACCAAGUUCAACGAUCAAACCACCCUUCUUAACGACCGUACACGGGAGCUACGGGGUGCACAGGCAUUCCUGAGCACAGCCGACACGCUCUCAGGAGCGGAAGUUAUCAGACUGGUAGACGAACUCAACCAAGAGAUCAUGCAGACGGCAGCUUUCAUCUCGGACUCCUUCGAUUUCGCUCGCAAGCCUGAACACAGAGACGAAAUUAAAGACGCCAGUGCGCGAACCAGUGAGCUGAUUGGACCUGCCAUGACGUCACUCCUGGGUACCGUACAGCACGGGGAAGACCCUCUCUUGAUCCAAAUCGCACUGCAGGCCGCCACAGUCGAGUUUUCUCGUUGGAUCAUAAUGACCUGGGACUUUGACGGCUUGCAGGCUGAGCAACCACUGGCGGAGAUCUAUGGCGACAUUCGGGAGACAGGUAAGGAUCAAUUUGUAUCUAAAGAAGUGAACAUACUAAAGCGCAUGACAGAAAGCCAGGCAGUCAGCGGCCGAUGGCGCGCUUUGACUCGAUCUCAUGCACAGAAGGUUGCUCUGCAAGAAGCGGACGUGCACUCAACAAUGGUUACGCAUAUUAGCGAUACCCUCGUGGUUGUGAUGAUUGCGGCUGGUUGCACCAAGAACUACGACGAUGCGUAUCGCGAGUUCACCAUGAAGUUCGGCGAACGUGUGUCGAACAUCGUCCGCAUGGCAACAAGGCUUAACAGAGCCAUGGGCGAGGAAGUCACGUCAGCAGAUCUCUGGCCUACCCAUGCUGCGGUUGGAGAGAGGUUCGACACGGAAUCGAUGAAGGACUUCGACGAGGGGAGCGGGGCGCAAUCUGGGGUGGUUUUGUGUACGACUGCGCUUGGUUUGCAGAGGUCAGAGAAGGUUGGAAACGGGGAAGGCGCAGAGAACAAGAUGUUCACACUGGCGAAACCCAAAGUUGCACUUGAAGCUAUCGCAGAUGGGAUGGAGAGGGAGACGGAGGUGUCAGGAGACUAACUUACUUCCAGGACUGUGUCACCACGUAUUCUAUUCGUUUGACUUUUGUUCUUCAUUACUCUAAAGUAUUCAUGACCGAUCUGUGGGACAUGGUCCAUGGAUGUCAUGCUAGUAGCUCGAGUCAAUCGAAAUGCUUGCCAUCUUUCGCUCAAAAAACGACUCGAGCCUGUACGCGCUUCACUGCCUUCAGUAACGACGCAAGCAAUUGCGGCCAGUAAGCUGCAAACCGGACAAAAGCCUUUACUUGCAGUGGCAGCAGGGUUCAGAAGGUU